AUGUUUGUGAGCCGCCGACGGUAUAAAGUGUCGACCAAACAGGAAAAUCAAUUAAUGUGUGGACGAAUCGGGACUGAACCAUAUAAACCUACGGAUAUUACGUUCAGGAAUACAACAGUCGUUAAGAAAAGCGGUCGUAUUCCUUCACAAAAAUUUGUGGGUCUGCCAUUAAUCUCAACGAUUGUUCAAUCAAAUCUGAACGUAUAUAUCUGUUAAUGGACGAACAAAUAUAGUUAUGCUUACCUACUGAUCUACACGAGUUCUUGUUUUAUACGGUUAACAAGUCACAGGUAAUUUUUUAUUAAUGACAUUAAUCAUCAGUAUUUUUCUUUGUCUCUCCUUUCUCCUCAGUUCAAAUAUCUAUAUACUUUAUUUUUUAGAGGCUUUCUUCUAUUCUUUAUUGCUGCACUAUGGGCUUUUUAAAAAAAACCAAGAAAAAAAAAGAAAUGGAGAGAGAGAAGAACAACAUAGAAUACAGUGAAAAUAUCUGUUGAUCGAAAAAUCCUGUAGCAUCUAUACCAUUGAUAAUCUAAGAUAAUAUUAUUUGCAUAAGAAUGCAAAAGUAGAACAACAGCAAAAAAUGCAAGAACGUUUAAAAAAUGUCACGGUACUGUUGCAAAAAUAUGUUAUGACUGUCAUAGAGAAACGACUUUCUUUGGAUAUACCGUGAUAUACAAGUGUACAGAGUAUACAUGUUUAUAUUCUAUUACGAUAUUAAGAUUAUUAAAGAGAAAGAGGAAAAUCUAUACACAUUUUCGAAUAAUUAUCGACAAGCUGUAGUUCAUUCAUGGAACUACAACAAAUGGAAAAAUCAAACCUGGAUUGAUAGAGAGUAUGAGAAACAGAAAAUAUUUUCCUCUCUUUCUCCAUUGAUUAUGAUUAAGACAAGAAUAACUUACAAAGGGCAUUCUACAGACACAAUUAUGACAUGUUACAGGUUUGAGAACACAAACAUAUUUCCGUCAUACAAAAACUAACAUCUCUAUUAUAAAUAGUUGUUAAUAAUUUUUUUUUGCAGAACAUCAAGAAACUCUAGAAAAUUUUACAUAGAAGACAUAAAUUACGAGAAGGUGUAUCACUUUUUCGCAUUUAGCAAAAAAGAGGUGUAUUUUCUACUCACUACCGUUCUAAUACUUUAUAUAUACACUUUUAAAUAAUACACUGCAAUCUAAAUUUGCCAAAAUGAUGUUUUAAAUAGUCCUACUUAGUUACGAAAAUAUUUCUUUAAUCUAUAAAUGGCAUUAAUAUGUGUCCGCUCUUAUCUGAUACUUUAUAAUUUCAGUUAAAUUCUUGAGAGUCUACUCUGUAUUUUUGUUUAUACAUUUUUUUUAGUAAUUAUCACAUAAUUGCACUACAUAAUUAUCAAGAGGUUUUUCUUCAGGAAUUAUCUCUCGUUCUUGCCGCUCUUUCUGUAAUUCACAUCUUACAAAUGUGUUCAUUUUAAAAAAUAAAGCAGAAAUGUGGGGUUGACUUCAUUUCUCUUGUAAGUGAUAGAAAAUCAAUGUAUUUAUGCCUGACAAGAUUUUCGAUAGUUUAAAAUUUUGAAAUUCCUUUCUUCAUAGUCUCUGUUGUAUAUAGUUACUAAAUUCUCUAAUGCCUAAAAGUCAGCAUUAUCUACGAAAAUGUGUCAAUAAUUUGCACAAUGAUUGGCACGGAGAUACGCUACGUGUUUUAGUUACAGUAAACUAAGAUAAACAAGUCUCGAAGUCUGUAUUAAAUAUACUGCGACAAAAGUAACUGUUAGAAAAAAAUGGAAAAGAAACGAUAUCAUUUGCAGAUGAAGCCAAGUACCUUAUUAAAAAGCUUCGAGGCAUAAAAUUUCCG